AUGUUUGAACGCCCUAAGGGAAUUGAGAACUGCAGAAUCUGGGUUGAUGGCUGUUUUGAUUUUGCUCAUCACGGCCAUGCUGGAGCUAUGCUUCAGGCCCGUCAACUAGGGAAGGAACUUUACGUUGGCGUUCAUUCCGACGAAGAUAUCCUUCAUAACAAAGGCCCUGUGGUUAUGAAUCUUGAAGAAAGGCUCACUGCAGUGGAAGCUUGUAAAUGGUCCACGAAAGCGAUUCCAAACGCUCCAUACGUUACGGACCCUGAAUUCAUGGCAAAGUACGACUGCAAAUACGUUGUUCACGGUGACGAUAUUACCACUGAUGCCAAUGGUGAGGAUUGUUACAAGGGCGUUAAAGAAUUGGGGUUGUUUGUGGUGGUGAAGAGGACACCUAACAUCUCAACCACAGACUUGGUGGGACGUAUGCUCUUAAUGAGUAAAUCGCAUCAUUUCAAGCCUAUCGCUUCGCUUCUUACUGCAUUGGAGCAUCCUUUGUUUUCCAAUGAAGAUGCUUUAAAAAGAUUCGAAAUGUAUGCUUCUGAUGUCACAGGGAACGCUAAAGGAUCUGCUGUCUUCGUCCAGGUUGAUAGUGAGGACGGUGUCAGGACUAUUGUCGAGCCAUCAACCGCUGUCAAGGAUAAGAUCAGCAAGGGAUAUGUAUACGUGGAUGGUGCUUUUGACUUAUUUCACCCUGGCCAUAUUGAGGCGUUGAGACGUGUAAAAGAGAGUGCUGGUGACAGUGCAGUGGUGGUUGGCAUUCACGAUGACAAGACUAUCAACAUUCACAAGGGUAUGAACUAUCCUGUCAUGAAUCUCUUCGAGAGAUCACUCUGUGUGUUACAGUGUCGAUAUGUGGAUGCAGUGGUCCUUGGUGCUCCAUGGCGUGUGACAGGAGAGUUUUUGAAAAAAGUUCCCGGAGAGGUAAUGGCCGUGUACCAUGGCCCUGCAGAGUUCGAAAAGGGCUCUUAUGAUGGUGUAAGUGAUUUAGUGAAAGAGAUCGGUCCCCACAAAUUUGACAACAUCAACACAGCGUUCAUUGUGAACCGCGUUUUGGAUAACAAGAAGGCUUACGAAGAGAGACAGCGCCGUAAAGGGUGGAAAGCAGAAAUUGAACAGAAGUUACGUGCAGAUGAACAAAAAGGCACUAAAGUUGGCUAUUGA